AUGGACGCCCCUCAACUGUAUCUUCCAGAGUCUAAGGGUGCCUGUGGAAGAGCUGGCCAGUACCGAAGACUCCAGCAACCCAGAAAGAAAAAUGGCCCCUUCAAAAGGAAGGGGAUGGAAAGCAUUUAUGGGGCUUUGGGGACUGCGUCCCUUAAUGACUACUCUAGCCGACUCUCCUCUCUGAUCACUGUAGACUGGGAACCGCCAAAUCCAGCAAAAGCCAUCGAGACAAGAUGGCAUAGAGCUGUGUCUACCAACCUAGUAAAACAAAACAUAUUGGUGCCCAAAGAUGAAACGUCCGGGGAUAGCGACAUGGAAUUUCAUGAAAGCCAUCAAAAUACAAAAAAAAACUGGAUGAAGAAAGUGAAGACUGUUUUGGGAAGGAUGCUGUCCUACAAAAGUAGAAGCAAGUCAGCAAAUGGCAGCAGAGGGGCCUCCGCUAACCCUAAGGAAACUUUCCUUUCAAACCCUCAGAGCCUUCUUCCUAGAAUUGUCAAGGACCUUCCAUCCGCCAGGUUAUUCAUGAAACCAAGAAUGAGAAAGCUGUCACAGAAUGCGACUAUACAACUUGAUGUUGUAGAAGCUGAGACAGAGGAGAUAACCCGAGGAAAUACUCUACUCCGGGCCAGGAGAACCACCAAGCGGUUGUCUGUGACAUCCCUUCCUUCAGGACUGCAGAAGGUUCCGUACUCAUCAAAAAAGAGAUCCCACUUUCCAGCACUCAAAAAAAAGAAACAUAGCGUGGAAAACAUCCUCCGAAAAUCAGAUUUGACAGUGGGAAAGCUUCAAAUGCAGGUGGAUGACCUCAUAGAAACAGUGACAGAUAAAUCCAUGAAGUUAUUGGCCCAAAGACAUGCGGAGCUUCAACAGUGUGAGUUUCUAGGGGAUGAAAUUCUUCAGUCUUCGAAGCAGUUCCAGAGGAUAUCCAAGAGAACCAUGAGGAAGUAUAAACUGAAAAAUGUAUGUUUCCCAUAUACCCGCUGCUGCUUCUGAUUCUGUCCCUGAUUGCACAGAACUUAUCUUUAUGGGAAUUCUUAUCUUUUGGUACAUAAUCCUGAAUAAAUCUCUCUAGUGAAUUAAUCAACUGGGGAGAAGAACAUUUCUUAGAAUAUUCUGCCCAACAGUCCUUCAAAAAAAUUCUUUUUUGAAAAACUGAUUUUUAAUUCUGAGUCAACGUAAGCAAGUUUUUGCUUCAUAAUUCUUCCUAAUAUUGGAAAACAGAAACAUUGAUCAGGGCAUAGGAGGUCCACAAAGAAAUUUCUCCCAUGAUUUGCAAGAUGAAAUUAGAGGAAGCCAGUUAAAGGUAUUAUGACACUUUUAAUAUGACUACUACUGAGCUAAUUUUAAACUUUCAUAUUUAAAGAUAAGAAUUCUUAAGAUUACAAAAAUUUAACAUUGUUUAAAGUAUGAUUCAUGCGAACUGUCAUGUUUCUGAACUAAAAUAAAUGGUAAGGAUGGAACCUAACAAGUACUGAGCAUUAAAUUCCAUACUUAAGAAAAUUACAAA